CACACACCUCUUCUCCCUUCCCUUACCUUUGAUUAUGAAAUCCAUCAUCGCCGCCGUUGCUGCCUUCGCUAUUGCUGCCGUUAGCGCGCAAUCCACUCCUGUUUCCAUUACAUCUCCACUCACUGGUACUGUUUAUACCGCCGGUGGUCAGGCUUUGAUUACCUGGACCAACCCUACUACCCCAACCCUUGGUCAAAUCCAACUUGCCAAAGGCCCUGCUACCGCUCUCCAGCCUGUCGGCCAGGUCGCUACCAACGUCCAAACUUCAGAUGGAAAAUACACUUGGACCAUUCCUGCUGAUACUCCCGCAGGUACUGACUAUGCUUUCGAACUAGGAACUUCCCCCAACAUUGCCUACAGUGGUUUCUUCACCAUUAAGACCGGAUCUGGCUCUUCAUCAAACUCUACUGGUUCCGGAUCACCCUCUUCUGGUGCUGCUGCUGAAUCUGGUUCAGGAAGUGCUGCUGCCUCUGGCUCAUCACCAUCUGCCACCGGUUCUGCUUCAUCACCUUCUGGUUCUGCUGCUGCAUCUGGAAGCGCCGCCGCAUCUGGUUCAGCCAAGUCUGGCGCAUCUGUCAUCAAGGCUGGUGUCAUCGGCGCUGGUGUUGCUGCUGGUGCUGCUGUUUUGCUUUUUUAAGCGUGUCCACGGUGUGCUAGAAAGGACCAAUGCAACCCAAGAAAAUACAUAUCUCACGAAACCAAUAAGUUUUACACUCCGGCAUGAUUAUUUGCUUUAGGCAGCAC